GUGGGGUCGAUCUGACAUGCUGUGUGUAAUACUUAGUACCAUACCUCGCACCCUUGCAAGUAAUGUACCUCAACCUCUACCCCUCUGUCGAUUUUUACUAUGCGAUAGGAUUUCGAUUGCGUCGGCGGGGCAUGCGACACAUGCUAAGGAGGUAGGGAUACAUAUUGGGGGCACCAUAGCGUUGCUUCUGGACACUUCCUUCCUCUUUGUUCAUGCAGCCAUUCGCCCUCUAGUACAUUCUGUUAGUACAUUCUGUUAGUACAUUCUGUUAGUACAUUCUGUUAGUACAUUCUGUUAGUACAUUCUGUCAGUGCAUCAUACAUUAGCACGCCUCGGGCUUUCUGUUUUAGAUCAUUAGCAUAAACAUAUGUUUACCUGAAGCACUUACCCAAAGCAUAUAAGUAGGGAGUAAGGAAGCCACUCUCCCGUAUAAUAAAUAGACCACGAUGCGCCCGCAUAUUGUCACCUCAGCUGUUUUAUCCUUCUCUAGACUCAGCAUCAGCACCAGCACAACCUCGGCCACCACACCUAAAACAUCAAGUCUAGCCCUCAAGACUCUCGCAGCAACCUGUUCCCAGAGAUCAUUGUUCACCUCCAGCGCCUCCCAGUGCCAACCUCCCAAGUCCCAAGCCAAGACCACCCACACGCCCUCGGCACGCUUCAGUACUACCCCUAAAAUGGCUGCUCCUACCAAGUCCGAGUCCUUCCUGGACCUCAUCAAGAACCGCCGCACCUACUACGCUCUUAACAAGGAGCUGCCUACCUCCAAGGAACGCAUCCAGGAGAUCGUCAAGCAGACCAUCUUGGAGGUUCCCUCAUCUUUCAACUCCCAGUCCAACCGUGUUGUCGUCCUCUUCGGCGCCGACCACGACAAGCUAUGGGAUAUCACCUCCGAGAUCCUCAAGACCAUCGUCCCCGCUGACGCCUGGGAACACACCGCUCAGCGUAUGAACGGAUUCAAGGCUGGUGCUGGAACCGUCCUAUUCUUCGAGGACCAGGAGGUUGUCAACAAGAUGCAGACCCAGUUCUCUCUGUACAGCGACAAGUUCCCCAUCUGGGCGCUACAGUCCGACGCCAUGAUCCAAUUCGCGAUCUGGACCGCUUUCACCGCCGAGGGUCUCGGUGCUAACCUUCAGCACUACAACCCUCUGAUCGACGCCAAGGUCGCCAGCGAAUGGGGCAUCCCCGACAACUGGCAGCUCAACGCCCAGCUCGUCUUCGGCGGCCGCGCCGGCGAGCCCGGCCCCAAGGACCAGCUCCCCAUCGAGGACCGCCUCAAGGUCUUCGGUGCUUAAACGCAAUACCAACCACCCCCUAACUACCUUAUAUAUAUCCUCAAACCUAUAACGGUGUUAUGUAUGACGAGGUCGUAGGGGAAAUGCUCUUGGAAAGAAAGAACUCAUAGACACUAGCUAUUGUAGACAGACAGAGGAAGCGGCGGUUCGUUCGAGCCUCCGCCGCUCAAGAGUUCCUUAGACUGCCUUGAAAGCGUUCAGCACCAAUUAGAAUAAAUAAAUCAGUAAAACCAACCAAAAGGAAGACUUGGUCAUCGACUUAUUCUUAAGAGUUAGAUAAUACGUAGCCAUUCUCUAUGAUAUAUAAGUGAUGCUUGUCGGAAUAAAUAUAAUAAGCGCCUUUAUAACUACCUCUAGG